UAUUGCAGGCCCCUCGAGAGCGUAGUCUCGGCGAGUUCUGCCUUCAGAUUUCGCCGUGCUGCUUGGAAACGACGAGCGUGCAGCGAUGGGACUUGUGACGGCGCUUGUACGGCGGUUCGCUGUUCGGGCGUGUAGCCACCUCGCCGGUGCCGCAAACCCACCGCUGCGGCAGGUCACGCUGGGACAAGCCGUUACUGAAGCGGCCGAGAAAUGGGCCCACCGAACAGCCGUACACUUCCCUGCUGAGAACGUCUCGCUCAGCUAUGGAGAGUUCCACGAACAGGUGGAGCGUGUUGCCCAGGGCCUGCUUUUCUUCGAUCUGGAGCCGGGAUCUCGGGUAGGCAUCCUGGCGCCUACUUGCCACCGAUACAUCGUGUGCCAGUUCGCCGCGGCCAAGGCUGGACUCACAUUGGUUCCUAUAAACGACAGGUGCCACGCCCACGAACUAGACUCGGCGUUGAAAAGGACUUCGUGCAAUGUACUUCUCGUUGGCCGAGGUUUCAAGAAGAACGACUACGCGCAGUGGGCUCGGGACCUGGCUGGGAAAAAUCGAGCGCCGCUUUCCCUAGAGAAGUACCCUGCCCUCAAGUACAUCAUCUCGUUGGACAAUGCAGCUGAUGACAGGGGCGUGAUAUCUUUUUCGGAGCUGCUCUCCUUGGGUCAGGGCCGAACGUGGCGGCUGAGAAGCGUUAGUCCAGACCUUCACUCGGUGGCCACUAUGCUCCACUCUUCGGGGUCCACGGGCACGCCGAAAAUCAUUCCGUUGAGCCACUUCAACUUGGUGAACGCGGUGCACUUGUUCCGCCACACCACAGGUUUUGAAGCCGAGCGGAGCGUGAUGUGCUGCGUCAUGCCGUUGUACCACGCCUUCGGACACGUCGACUUCUCCAUCUGCGGCAUAGUGGAGGGUAUGACCACCGUGUAUCUGGCACCCGGGACCGCUGCCGCUCGCAUCCUGGCAUGCAUUGAGCAAUACAGAUGUACUACUAUACAGGGAACACCCACUGUCUACCACGACUUGCUCCACUGCCCGGAACUCAGGAGCCGGAGUAUCAGCACCCUGUGCGAAGGGCUCAUCGGAGCAACGAGUUUACAGCGGCCGGCCCUGGACCACAUCGUUGAGAAACUCCGUAUUCGCCGCCUGGUGAUGGCGUAUGGCCUGACAGAGACGGCCGGCCCCGUCGCAGUCGGCCAAUACGACGAAGACGGUUACCGGCCGCUCCCACACACCGAGUUCCACUUGCGCGGGAAUGAGCUUCACGUGCGCGGACCCACGGUGUUCGCCGGCUACUGGGAUCAGCACGACUCAGGCCUCCUGCCUGAUGGCUGGCUGCCCACAGGGGACCAGGCGACAUUGACGGAAACAGGCUUGCUGUCUAUCCGUGGCCGUAUCAAGGACUUGGUCAUCAAAGGCGGUGUCAACAUCAGUCCCGAGGAAAUAGAGAUUGCGCUAACUGAGCACGAGUCCGUGGAAGAGGCUAGCGUAGUAGGUGUACCCGACGAGCGGCUGGGUGAGGAGCUGUGCGCCUGGGUGCGGCUGGCGCCUGGCGUGGCAGACAGCACCACUGAGCAGCAGCUGCGCGACCACUGCAAGCGCAGGGUGAACAGCCUCAAGGUGCCGAAGUACAUCGAGAUUGUAGAAGACUUUCCGCGGACCAGCGUGGGAAAGAUCUCCAAGCCGGACAUACGGAGUGCCAUGGCACGCAAGCUGGGCUUGCAGUCCUAAGCCCUGACCACACUGCAUUCUGCGUGACGUAACCAGGAAAAUCAACCAGUUGUACCACAGCUUACCUGAGCUAUUUCAGUAUUGCUACACUCAUUAUCGGUAACCGGGCCAUGCUAUACUGGGUGGUUGUGCUGCUACUCAGACUACCCAAAUACCGCAAUAGCUUUUGUGGUAGUUUUCCAAAAGCUAGAAAAAGAAAAUGGUUGUUCAGCUGCAAACGUGAAUAAAAAAAUAACGCGCUGUCGCACACACAACACAGAAUAAUGACACUUAACUUUUAAAAUUCAACAGAAAAAGGAGUACUCUGCCUUUUCUAAAAUAUGUGCAUUUUUCUAUGUUACGUACCAGGCAUAAUUAAGGAGCCUGGGACGUGACCGACACGUCUGUACAUUAUCUAUGGGCCCCAUUCAGACUCCAAGAGCGACUUCUCUGUUGGGCUGCUUUCUUAUGCAUCUUGUUCAAUAUGCAUCUACCUGCAACCCGCGCAUGCAUAGCGUGUUAAACUGAAUUAUACAUAACUAAUACCCGUGUCACACGGGCGUUUGGAAGGCCUUCGAACCGAUAGUCAGUUGACUCAAAGGUCAAGUUCGAGCUGCUACAAGGGCGAUUUCGACGGCCGUCGAGUCAAUAGUCUAUCGAGUCAACGGAGCACUCUACAACUCUAUCGAAAUCUCGAUGGCCUUUGAGCAACGGAAGCGGAAACAGCGCGAACAUGCCCUCUCGUUCACAGUGUGCUCGUAGUCACGGUUAGAAAGAACAAAUGAAACCAAAAUGUUCUAAAAAUACGAUAUAUGAGUGUUACUAAUUAUUCAAUAAAGUAUUUUUGCCACUUGAUAUAUGCGAACUGCACAUACUCUCGACAACAGCGACGUGCUUGUGUUCAUUCCUUCUUCCAUGUUGUCUAGUACACUCUCCCUCUACUCCAUGUGCUGCCGGCAGCAAUCAUAUCGCCGCCAUUUUGCUCUCUGCAUUCUUCUUUUUUGCAUGUGUACUUUAUUGCGUUUUGCUUUAUCAUUUCCGCGUGUUUAGUUCAUCUUGUACUUUUUUUAAUAAUUAACGUAAUAAUUUGUGUACGCCUUUUUUUUCUCAUCUGCGAAGUGAAUUAGUGUUUUUUUCAGGCGAGUGACUUUUUUUGUUUGUGUGUGUGUGACAUGGAGCACGGCCAGCCCCAGAAGAAAAAAAAAAGUCGCGCCAUCGCAGACGCGGCAGCUGUGGGGAGAGUGGGAAACAGCGCUCCUAAUAGAUAUGUGGGAGGACCGCCUGAUGGACUUACGCCGACAGAAGCGUAAUAGCGGAAUUUACGACGAGAUCGCCGCGGCCUUGCGACAGGAGGGCUUUGAAAGAACGCGCGUUCAAGUGCAGCACAAGAUCGAAAAUCUUGCACAGACUUAUCGGUAAGUGGCUUUCGUAAAUUUGUCCGCUGACCUUACGAUUAACCGUUUGAGUCUCACCAGGGCUUGGCCGUGGGAGAGAGAGGUGCUUAUUGAGAAAAAAAUGAACAGGUGGAUCUUCGCAGAAAUUGAUUUGUCGUGGAAUUUUUUGUUCCGCCACCCCAUGACACUUUUAAUGAGCUGUAAACUCGGCCUCGAACGAGCAUAACUUCAAGAAUAUUGGUUGCGCAUGACGCAGUUGGUUAGUGUCUAAACUCAAGGCAAUUGACUAAUGUGACUUUAAGGGUUCCGAUGCGGAAAAUUACAACGCAGCACACAGUGCGAAAGUUAUAGUCGCGUGACGUGGAUUUCAAAAAACAGUUUGGCUACACAAGACUGUCUGGUGUUCCUGUUCCACUUUUCCCUCAGUUCGGCGAAUUUGAUCAGUAUAUUUUCUUAUCUGUGCCCGCCGAUGCCUCUUUAUUGUUAAUCAAACCUUCUCGUUUAUAACAUUCCAGGUUUUGGCUAAAAAUCAGAAAACAGGUGCUGGCGCCAUUCCUUGGGCACAUUUCUGGCGUAUUCACAGUUUCCUGGGGACAUUCCCGGUCAAUGAUCCAUCAAGGGCUCAAAAGAGCUAAGUGACUGUUGAAGAGGUCAUCAUGGAAAUGGUAAACGGCAGCGAAAGUGCUGCCGUCGACAUUGACAAUGGGCUGCAGUGGGAGGACAGUGCGCCCAUAAGACCCCUGGACAGCCCAGGACUGAACUCCCUGCCCACGUGCAGCCCAGCCUCCAGCAGUCCGGCCUCUCCCAGUCCGGCCUCUCCCAGCCUGGCCUCU